AUGGAGCCACACGAUGCAUUGUCACUUUGUCGAUGCGGAUGCAAUACAUUGUCAUCGCAAGAAUCGAUUAAUCCACCGAACGAAGCGUGCUGUUGCUGCAUUUACAAUCCUUUCAGCGACGAUUCCAAGGAAUCAGAGAUAUACGACCUUUCAUUUGCUGUAAGGAAACUCCGCGUAAUGAAGUGUCAAAUGAAGAAGUGGCGAAUGGAACGGCUUCAGCUGGAGAGUGAAAAUAGGUCUCUGAAACAAGCCCUCCAGUCAUUCGGUGUAAAUGAGGAUGAAAUACUGAAGCCUGAUCCGUUACUAAUACAUUCUCGGGAAGAAAUCGAAAGGUUACAAAGUACUAACGCGACGCUCGAAGAUAAAGUCAGAGAUCUGGAAGAAACUCUUGCUGAACGAGAUUGUUGUGACGAUCCAUGUGCGUCGGUUCUUUGCCUUAGAGAGAAGAUGAGAUAUUUGAGGGAGCGGUUCGCUCUUGAAAAAAAAGAAUUGAGGGAUAUGAUAUCACAUUUGAAAUUAAAACUGGCAGAAACCGAAGAGGACGUCAGCUGUCCUGCCAUAUAUCGUUUAAGGGCAAAACUUCGCGCAUUGAUGAAAGGUGGUCUGGAUGUGCCGAAGAACUGCGAUGAUCUGCAAGCUGAAAACGAUCGUCUUUUAGCUGAAAUAGCUGAGUUGAAACGCCAGUUGGCAAAACUUGAUGAAAAGGAAAUAACCGGGCAUACGUCACCGGCGAAAUCGGUCGAAACAACUACUGUGCCGGAAUACAUAGAUGUAUCUGACUUAUUACAAAGGCUCAAAGAUUGUGAAAAUACUGUAGCCGGUUUGACACAACAACUGGCAGAAAAAGACAAUCUCAUUGAUUCAUUGAAUAACGCACUUGAAGGCACGAUCAGUCAACAAGAUUUAUUGGAUCAAAUCGCGGCACUGAAAGCGGAACUUCAAGAAAAAGAUGACAAGAUUCAGGAACUACUAAAUGAACUAAGGCAAGCAGAAAUAAAUUUGCUCGAAUUAAAUAAUUUGAAAUCACAACUGGAGGAACUGAAAUCACAAUUAGAGGACCUAGAAUUAGAGAGGAACCAACUGUUGGAAGAGCUCGCGAAAUUACAAAACGAACUUGCGCACACUAACGCAAUCAAGGAAAGUCUAGAAAAACAGCUAGAAGUUUUAAAGAAUGACAACGAAAAAUUAUUGAAAGAGUUAGAUAAUGCGAACGAACAACUCCUAGCACUAACUAAUCAGUUGGAAGAAGAAAAGGCGGCCAGGAAUGCCUUAGAAGAAAAUUUGAAAAAUUGCCAAUCUGAACUCGAGAGGUUGCAGAAAGAUAAUACGAAUCUGAGGGAUCAGCUGGAGGUUGCAAAAGGAGAAAAUAAUAAACUGCGUGAAGAUGUAGAAGCAGCGAAGAGGUUGGCUGAAGAGAACGAGAGGUUGAAAGCGGAACUGGAGAAGAUGAAGAAAGAGAACGAGGAAUUGAUGAAUUUGAACAAUGUCUUAAAGAGCGAUUACGACAGUAUGAAGCAAGCAUUGAAUAAUCUAGAAGCAGAAAUUAACAGACUGCAGGACGAAUUAAAUAAGGCUGAAGAAGAACGCAAAGCGUUGCUAGACGAGAACAGCAACAUUAAGAAGCAACUUGAAGAAGCAAUAGCGAAGAACGAGAGUCUAAAAGCUGAAUUGGAUAAUGUCGGUGAACAACUCAACAAACUAAAAUUAGAGAAGGAUAAACUGCAAGAGGCUCUCAACGAUAUGAAGCUUGAGAACGAUGCGUUGAAACAAAAUGUACGGAAUUUGCAAAGCGACCUUGAUCAUGCGAGAAAGGAAGCGGAAGACCUACGAGGCGCUGGAGAUGCAUUAAGAGCUGCGGACAAAGACAAAAUGUCCGAGCUUCAAAAGAUCAAAGAUGAAUUGAACAAUUUGACAAGCGAAAAGGAUCGCUUAGCGAAUGAAAACAUGGAUUUGAAGGCCAGAAAUGGGGAGCUCGAGAAAAAACUCAAGGACGCAAUGGAUCAGGUGGAACAAAUGAAAUUGGAGAAUGCCGAUUUACUGACCGAGAUCGAUCGCCUAAAAAAGGAGCUCGACAAAGCUGUGAACGAAGUCGAUCGAUUGAAAUCUGAAAUAGGUUCUUUGAAGGACGCUGUCGACAAGUGUAUGGAGGAAUUGGAGAAAUUGCAAACUGAAAAUCAAGCUGUUAAAACUGAAAUUGAGAAGUGUAAAGCUGAAAGGGACGCUUUACAACGGGAAAAUUCUACUUUACAAAACGAAAUUGACGAGUUGAGGAAACAACUGAACGACUGUAAAACAGAGAUCGAAAACUUGAUGGCGCAGAAAAAUCAAUUGGAAACUGAAAAUAAUAAGUUAAAAGAAGAGUUGAACGCCUGCAAACAAGAAAAUGAGGCGAUAAAAGCUGAAAGUGAAAAAUUACGAGAACAGGUACAAUCGUUGAAUGACGAUUUAAGUAAACUAAGGGGUCAGCUUGAUAUUGCAGAACAAAAACUUCAGGAACUCGAGCCUUUGGGAGAUCAUUUGCAAAAAGAAAAUGAUAAAUUGCAGAAUGAGAUUGACGAGCUGAGAAAACAACUGAACGAUUGUAGAACAGAAAAUGAAAAUUUGAAGGCGCAGAAAAAUCAAUUAGAAGCUGAAAAUAAUAAGUUGAGAGAAGAGUUGAACGCUUGCAAACAAGAAAAUGAGGCGAUGAAGGCUGAAGGUGAAAAAUUACGAGGACAGGUACAAUCGUUGAAUGAUGAUUUGAAUAAGCUAAGGAAUCAGCUGGAUAUUGCAGAACGUAAAAUUGAGGAACUCGAACCUUUAGGAGAUCGUUUGCAAAAAGAAAAUGACAAAUUGCAAAAUGAGAUUGACGAGUUGAGGAAACAACUGAACGAUUGUAGAACAGAGAACGAAAACUUGAAGGCGCAGAAAAAUCAAUUGGAAGCUGAAAAUAAUAAGUUGAGAGAAGAGUUGAACGCUUGCAAACAGGAAAAUGAGGCGAUGAAGGCUGAAGGUGAAAAAUUACGAGAACAGGUACAAUCGUUGAAUGACGAAGUGAGUAAGCUAAGGAAUCAGCUGGAUAUUGCAGAACGUAAAAUUCAGGAACUCGAGCCUUUGGUCGAUCGUUUGCAAAAAGAAAAUGAUAAAUUGCAAAAUGAUCUGAAAGCGUUAGAGGAUGAUGCAAGAAACUUAAGAUUAAGGCUAGAUGGCGGAAUGAGUGACAAUGAAAGAAUGCGAAACGACAUGGCGAUGUUAGAAAGUCAAGUAGGAGAUUUGAAUGAGAAAUUAAAGGCAGCUAAAGCAGAAAAUGACGCUUUGCAGCAAGAGAAUCAAACGCUACGCGCAAAGCUAUUAGAUAUGGAUAACGAAUUGUCUCAAGCGAAACAAGAAUGCGCGGAUUUGAAGGCGGAAAUUGCCGAUUUAAAUAAUUUAAUUUCCGAAUUACGGGCAAAAAUUGCUAAAUUGGAAGAGGAUGUAGAACAUUGGAAACUGGAGAAUUGUAAGCUGCAGAUUGAAAUAGAUAAAUUAAAAGCGGAUUUGGAGAAAGCAUUAAAGGAUUUAUCCGAAUGCCAGGCGCUGAAAAAGGCACAAGAAGCUGAGUUGAACCGGUUACAGAACGAAAAAGCUGAGUUGAAUAAACAAAUCGCCGGUCUAACAGCGCAGAUAGAAGAACAAAAGAAAGCUGCCGAAUUAGAAAAAUCCGCCAAGGGUGAAAGCGAGGCAAAACUGAAAGCUUUGCAGGAUGAGCUGAAUGCAUUGAAGAAAGAGUUAGAGAAACUUCGAAUGGAGAAUAACGAUUACAAAAACGAAAUGGAUAAUAUGAAAAGACAGCUUUCUGCUCUAAACAGCCAGUUAGAUUCGUGCAAAGAAGAGAUCGCUGCGUUGAGAGCUACAAAUGAUUCAUUGAAGACUGAAUUAAACGCAUUGAGUGGUCUAAAAGACGAGUACGAUAAACUAAAAGCUAAAGUGAACAGUUUGGAAAAUGAAAUCGCGGGUCUUCAAGAAAACGCAAGGAAUUUGGAACAGGAACGCAAUAAACUUAGAGGAGAAGGUGACGGACAGAGAAUUGAAAUUGAUAAACUGAAAUCGGCAUUGGAUGCCGAAAAAGCAGCCGCAGGGAAACUGAGGUCAGAUUUGGAGAGUUGUCAAACCGAAAACGACAGGUUACGGGCACAAUUAAAAGAUUUAGAAAAAUGUAAAAGCGAGAUUGAUCGGUUGAAUGCCGAAAUUGAUCAACUGAAUAAGGCACUAGCGGCUGCUGAAGCUAAAGCGAAGUCGUUGGAAGAUCAACUCUCGAACCUCCAAGAUGAAAAGCAACAGUUGAUUAAUGAACUCAACAAUCUUCGCGGAGAUCUGAGCAAUCUUAGAAAUGAACUAGAGAAACAGACAGCCGCAAAGGACAAAGCGUUAAAGGAGUUGGCUGACGCUAAGGAGGAGCUGAAUGCUCUAAAGGCGACGUUGAAUAAAAUGCGCAAUGAAAAUGAAACGUUAUUGAACGAAAAUGAAAAGUUGAAGUCGAAAGUGACAGAAUUAAAUGGACAAUUGGAAGCGUCAAGAAAUGAAAACGAAAAGUUAAAGAAAGAAAAUGAGAACUUAAAGAACGAGGUUGCAAAAUUGACUUCGGAAUUAGCUACGAUGACAAAUAAAUUAAAAGAAGCGGAGGAUCGGUUAAAUGCACUGAAGAAUGAGAACGAUACUCUGAAAAAUACGAUAGAUAAAUUAGAGAAAGCAAUAAAAGAGCUCGAAGCAGUAAAAAUGCAAUUAGAGCAGGCUUUGAACGAGUUGAAGCCGAAAUUGGCAGAAUUGAAUGAACAGUUGGAAGCGUUAAGAAACGAGAACGAAAAGUUAAAGAAAGAAAAUGAGGUUUUAAAGAACGAGAAAACAAAAUUGACUUUGGAAUUAGAUGCGAUGACAAAUAAAUUAAAAGAAGCGGAGGAUCGGUUGAACGCGCUAAAGAAUGAGAACGAUACUCUGAAGAAUACGAUAGCUCAACAACAGAAAGCAAUAAAAGAGCUGGAAGCAGCAAAAAUACAAUUAGAGCAGGCUAUGAAGGAGUUGAAGUCGGAAAAUGAAGGGCUGAAAGACAAGCUAGAAGACGCACAAAACAAGGCAAAUAAAUUGAAAAAUGAUUUGGACAAGCUAAAAAGAGACAACGCGAAAUUGCAAGAUGAAUUAGGUAAAUUAAAAGAGGAAAAGGAAAAGGCUGAUGCAGCGGCGAAAGGUGAUGCAGACAGAAUAAAAAAAGAAAAUGAGAAAUUGAGAGCUGAGAACGCGAAAUUGAUGGACGAGUUGAACACUUGUAGAGCAGAAAACGAAGAGUUACGUAAACAAUUGGAAAAGUUACAGGAAGAAAUUGAUAAAUUGAAAAAAGCUGCAGUAAAACAUGUGGAGCCGAAAGAAACGGAAGUGGACAAAGAUAUUAUUGAUGAAUGCGGCGACUUCAUUAAGGCGAACGAUUUGUUGAAACAAAAAUUUGAAAGGCAGAACGAAGGUGUACAACGGGUUCGUGAUUACAUUAAGUAUUUAGAAGGCAAAGUUGAAGAAGAACCGAAAAUAGGAGACCAAUUAGACGAACUAGAAAUUGAUCCGCAAAUGAGGGAAGACGUCGCAGAUUUAUUGAAGAGGUCGCAGUCGUUAUCAGAAAAUAUUCAUCAAACCGAAGAAGAAAUACGAAAUAUCGCUGAUGUAUUAAAACAACUAAAGGUAUGUGCGUUUGAUCCUGAUUCUUGGCUGAAUUCGUUAACAUUGACGCAGUUAGCAGAUCUUCAUGACAAGAUUUGCCUGUUGACGUCGGAUAUGGUGCAGCAGGAUUACGGAGCGGUUAUAUGCGAUCGAGCUGCUCCUGGUGAUGCGGCAAAUCCACUAACAGCAAAUUACAACACUCUGAACCAGCGAAUAGCUGCUUUACAGAAGCAGAUCGCAGAUAAGCAAAUAGAGGCAGGUUGGAAACUACAAGAGCUAAAACGAGCUCUUCGGCAGGAACAAGCUAACUUGCUCCAAAUCUCCGAUCAAAUGAACCUCGAGAGAAAACGAAACUUAGCCCUUCAAUUUAACAUGGACGAACCAUUGUAAUUCACCUUCUUCCAAUCUGAUUCGUCAUCCAUCUCUGAAGACUUUUCAUAAAUACGAUGAAUAUAUUGCACUACCUCACGCAAA